CAACAACAGACAAACAUAUAAAGACGUUCCUCUCGUCUUUCAUCCAUCCACUAUAACACCAAACUUUUCUAUCACAUAAACAAAACAACCGACAAAAUGGUCAAGGUUCUUGCGGUUCUCUAUGACGGUGGCAAGCACGGCGAGGAGGUUCCUGAGCUUCUCGGAACUAUCCAGAACGAGCUUGGUAUCCGCAAGUGGCUCGAGGACCAGGGCCACACCCUCGUGACCACCUGCGACAAGGACGGCGAGAACUCUACCUUUGACAAGGAGCUCGAGGAUGCCGAGAUCAUCAUCACCACUCCCUUCCACCCCGGCUACCUCACUGCUGAGCGUCUCGCCCGCGCCAAGAAGCUCAAGCUUGCUGUUACUGCUGGUAUCGGUUCCGACCACGUCGACCUCAAUGCCGCCAACAAGACCAACGGCGGUAUCACCGUCGCCGAGGUUACCGGCUCCAACGUCGUCUCCGUUGCUGAGCACGUUCUCAUGACCAUCCUCGUCCUCGUCCGCAACUUCGUUCCCGCCCACGAGCAGAUCCAGGAGGGCCGCUGGGACGUCGCCGAGGCCGCCAAGAACGAGUUCGAUCUCGAGGGCAAGGUUGUCGGUACCGUUGGUGUCGGCCGUAUCGGUGAGCGUGUCCUCCGCCGUCUCAAGCCCUUCGACUGCAAGGAGCUCCUCUACUACGACUACCAGCCCCUUUCCGCCGAGAAGGAGGCUGAGAUCGGCUGCCGCCGCGUCGCCGACCUCGAGGAGAUGCUCGCCCAGUGCGACGUCGUCACCAUCAACUGCCCCCUUCACGAGAAGACCCAGGGUCUCUUCAACAAGGAGCUCAUCUCCAAGAUGAAGAAGGGCUCGUGGCUCGUCAACACUGCCCGUGGCGCCAUCGUCGUCAAGGAGGACGUCGCCGAGGCCCUCAAGUCCGGCCACCUCCGCGGCUACGGCGGUGACGUCUGGUUCCCCCAGCCCGCCCCCGAGGACCACCCCCUCCGCUACGCCAAGAACCCCUUCGGCGGCGGCAACGCCAUGGUCCCCCACAUGUCCGGCACCUCGCUCGACGCCCAGAAGCGCUACGCUGCUGGCACCAAGGCCAUCAUCGAGAGCUACCUCUCCGGCAAGCACGACUACAGGCCUGAGGAUCUCAUCGUCUACGGCGGUGACUACGCCACCAAGUCUUAUGGUGAGCGCGAGCGCGCCAAGGCUGCUGCUGCUGCCAAGUCUGCUUAAGGAGGGCAGCCAGCAAGCACAUUUUUUUUUUCCAUUUUUGCAUGAUUAAAUAGCGGUUUUUGGGGGCUUUCUUUUGGGAUAUAUCUGGUUUUGGGUAUGAAGCAAUAAAGAUGGUGGAAUAUCAAUGAUCAUGACCUAACCUAAC